GUAAUAUUUCUAGUAAUAUAGCUAUAAAUACAUUGGAAUAGUAGAACUAUUCUUAUGUUAGAUUGAGGAAAGUAAGAUCUAUUUUAAAGGAUAGCGCCUUGUAUCUGACCCCAUGUAGAAACCGGUGAAGCUUGCGCAUGAAAAUUCUUUGAAAGCUAAUAACGAGCCGAAGACAUUUCUAUAUUCUUUUUCAAUAAUUUUUCAAUAUACUCAAAGUAUUAAUAAUAUUAGUAUAUUCAUAUAUUUUACGGAAUCUUUUUGUAUGUAUUUCUAUUUUCUUAUAUGGUUACGACUUUAGCCUUAUUCUGAACAUUAUUUCAUUAAGGUUUUAACCACGUGUGGUUUGAUUUGCAAUGUCAAACUUACGAUCACUGGUUGUAUCAGUAUUAGCUGCUGUAGGAACUAUAGCUGUAAUUGGAUUAGCAGUUAAAUUUUACAAAUGUUGGAAUAGUGAUAAAAAAAAAAAAUCUCCUAUUUUAUUGGUUGAUCCAGUAGUUAAAUAUAGUUUACCAUUAAUAAAAAAGGAUAUAUUAAGUCAUGAUACAAGAAAAUUUAGAUUUGCAUUGCCAACAUCAGAUCACAUAUUGGGAUUACCAAUUGGUCAACAUGUACAUUUAACUGUAAAGAUUGGAGAUGAAGUUGUUAUACGCUCUUAUACACCAGUAUCAAGUGAUGAUGAUCAUGGUUAUGUAGAUCUUGUUAUUAAAGUAUAUUUUAAAAAUGUACAUCCAAAAUUCCCUGAAGGAGGAAAAAUGUCCCAAUAUUUAGAAGAUUUGAAAAUUGGGGAGACAGUUGACUUUAGAGGACCUUCUGGUCGACUUAUUUAUAAAGGUCAUGGAAAUUUUUCUGUAAAAAUUUUAAGAAAAGAUCCACCUACAGAAUAUAAUGUUAAAAAGAUUGUGAUGCUAGCUGGUGGAACAGGAAUCACACCAAUGCUUCAAUUAAUUCGUGCUAUAAUAAAAGAUUCUACUGAUGAAACUCAAACUUCCUUACUUUUUGCCAAUCAAACAGAAAAAGACAUAUUACUUCGAGAUGAAUUGGAUGAUAUUGCAAAGAAUCAUCCUAACAAAUUGAAACUUUGGUAUACAUUAGAUACUAGUAGUGAAAAUUGGCAAUAUAGUACAGGUCAUAUAAAUGCAGAUAUGAUAAAAGAUCAUAUGUUCCCUCCAUCAUCUGAUACAAUGGUACUUAUGUGUGGUCCACCUCCAAUGAUCAACUUUGCUUGUAAUCCUAAUCUUGAUAAACUUGGUUAUGAUUCAAAAUUAAGAUUUGCAUAUUAGAGUAGAGAAACUAAUAUUUUAUUUAAAUCUUUUCACUAAAUAAAUUUAAUGAUAAUUUUAGUAUCUUUAAAAAUAUAUUUCGUCAUUUUAUAAAUCUUGCAUUGAUUAAUAUAGAUAUGUGAUGUAAAUUUAAUAUUUAAAAAUAGAUAGUGAUAAUUCACAAUGAUAUAAUUUACAUAAUCACAUAAUGUUAUCAAUAUAUAAAAAAUAUAUUAAAAAUAUUUACAGAUCUCAGAUUUUUUAUUCUUUGAAAUAAAAUUACAAUAUUACAAUAUUAUUAUAAAUUUUGUUUAAUUUGAAUAAUGUUGUUAAAGAUUUAAUUGAAAUUUUUAAUUUUAUACCAAGUUUAAUUUUCAAUGCAGAGCUUUAGUAGUGAAUAAAAUAUACUUUAAGAUAUCAAGCAUUUAUUGAUGUUAAAUCUUAUAUUGUUAUAAAAAAUGAUGAUUACAAAAUGUAUGUAUUUUUCAUACUUAAAUCCCUUUCAUACUUUUCUUUUGAAUAGCGAUAUAAGAUUUAUAACGCAAAAUAAUAUAUAGCAUUCAAGAAAUGAUUAAUAUGUUUAAUUAAUAUCAAUAUUUCUUAACAAAAUAAUGAAGCUAAAUAGUUUAUUAUUUGAUUAUAAUUUGUAAUAUGAAAGAAAGCAGUACAAAUAAAGCAAUAAAUGAACAUUUGU